CGGACGCGUCCGCACCGAGAUGGUCCAGCAGCCGAUCCAGAAAUCGCACAGGCUGUCACGCAAGGCGGCGCAGCGCCGCUGGGAGAGUCAGCCGUGGGAAGCCUGGGACUCGCCAGAGACGGCUGCGGGAGCUCCGAGCCCGUACGCCAACCUCAAGACAAAGUCGCAGCCGGCACCUCUGUAUGUGGGCAACCGCAAGGCGCCAAAGCGCUUCCGCACUAUGUGCCGAGCACAGCACAAGACGCCCUAUGUGCUGAGCACAGUCACGCCAAGCAGCACAGACGGAGGCUCUGCUCUCACCGACGAAGAGGUCUUCUUUGAGGACGAGCAGGGCGGAGAGAGCGAGGAGGACAAGAUCACCGCAAGGCGCUGCAUCAUCCGCGGAGCAAAGCUAGUAGAUGCAGCCAUUCGCAAGCGCAAGCGCGUUUUGGUCCACUGCUACGCCGGCCAGAACCGCAGCGCCUCCAUCUGCGCGGCCUAUUUCAUCCUAUACGCGGGGUGGACUCCCGGCAAAGCAAUCAAGCACGUCCGCCACCGCGUCGAGGUUGCCCGAGAGGUGCUCGAGGUCAUCGACAAUGCUGUCUUUGAGCAGAUCCUCAAGAAGCUCAAGCCAGGCAGCGGGAAGACGAAGUGAACACAGUUGCUUUGUCAGCUGACAUGUUGAUCAUUGUCCACACACACAAAGAGCACACAGCACACACGUGCACAGGAGUGGAGUAGUCACAGGAGCAGCACAGGAGUACCACACGCGGCCUCGCUUGUUUGUGAUUUGUGUUGACUAGUCAGUAUUGACGUAUUUUGCGAGCACAGCUUUUGAGCAGUCUCGA